GCCUUCGAAAACAAUUGCCAUCGAUCAAAGAACUACCCUCGCUGCCUUUUCGUCCGACAACAAGUUCGCUCGCAUAUCGUUGCUGACUCUGUCUGACCUUCCCACCGCUGUUGAGGAGUUCGGUCUCGCCGAAAAUUCGCACAUCGAUUGACUGAAGGCGUCGUUGCCUUGUCGGAUACUCGAAGCUGCUGUUGUAUCUUCGAUCAUCUCCACUUGCAAAACAUGUCAGCCUAUCCUGCUUGCGCGUACGGUCAGCAGUACCUGGGCCCUGGCCGAACACCAAUCUUGAACCCCUGGCCCGAAUAUGCCAGCGAUACUCGAUCCACAACCGAAGCUCCCAGUCCGCCUUCACCGCAACACCACCGCUACUCACACCAGUCAAAGCAACCUCGAGCUCCACGACCAACCUACACCGAUGAACAGAAAUUCUUCAUCAUGUAUGCGCGAAUCGUCUGUGGUUAUCAAUGGACAACGAUCAAGGCACACUUCGAGAACCUAUGGGAGGCCGAGAAUCGAUACGCGCCACGGACUGAAGAGGGUCUCACCAGCGUGUACUACCGCGUUCGCGCCGAAUGGGGCCUCAAGCCAGUCCAAGCGGGACCUGCAAGCGAGCAUGACCGCGCCGUUGUUCAUGGACGAGCAACCUACUUUUCAAGAGAUUUCCUCUCAAUGAUCCGGUACCUUCCCUCGUUCUAAAUCCGUCACAGGAAGCAGACGAGUGGGAAUUCCUGGCGAUCUCGAAAUCAAUGCGCAAUCGAUCGAUAGAACUGCAGACGGAUCCAUAAGAAAUCGAGUCUAGACAAUCUUUCCGGAAGCUGUUGGCGAGUAACCAUGGGCUGGAAAGGACCCGUGGACCACGGGAGGGC